CCCAAAACAGCAACAAUUCAUGAUGAACUUACUUAAAAAGUAGAAGCCACGGUUCUCGAAGAUAAGAACACACCACCUUUGUCAGCCAGCAUAUUUGCAGACCAGUACACGUGAUUAAAACACGGAUCAUCUUCGGAGUAUGGUGACAUCACCCUAUAGGCAUCAGCGCCACUUGCAGUCGCCCUUCCGCAGCAGUGCCGCCCUUCGCUGCCCAAAGACAGAGGGACCGCGGCCCUUCGCCGCCCCGCGCUAAUGACGAUGGCCGAGGCCGCCGCUACGCAUGCGCAUGAUAACAAGAACAACAAUCAUCCACUUGUGGUGAACCACAACCACACGCGUACUCCCGCCAAGCAGAAGAAGCGCAAGCGACUGAGCCAGGUGCUGGAUCGUCUAACAAGCACGGGUGGGGGCUCCACGCCUCCUAGGGGCGUUGUCGACCACCUGCCCCCUAUUUUACCGCCCCUAAAGCUGAACAAUAAUGAGCAGCUUUACAACAACAACAAGGGCGAUGAACCAACGGCGACGGCUACCGGCAGCGGAGAGUUGAGUCCCAACAAAAGGCACAGGAGUGCGGAGGUGUUCAAGUUCGACGGCACUGAGAGGGAAAGGUACAAGAGCGAGGAUGAGGAUGUUUUCAGCCCGGCCAGUUCGAGUAAUAAGUCGCCGCAUUCCUCUACGGAGUCGCCUAGGAUAAGAUUCAGCCCAUUGCGUAUCAAGGAAGACGAAGCGAGCUCAAGCCCUCCCUUAUUACCCCGCCCACCCCCUUCCACAUGUCCCUGCUACCAAUGCGUGACCGGCGUGGCCGCGCCGCACCAUCCUCCACCACUACACCCCUACGAUCGUUUCUUCCCUGCCUCCCCUAUUUCCCCUCCCACUCCAACCCCCUACAGCUUCGAGCACUACCUGCACAACAAGUACCUGCCAGAUAUCUUCCGGAGGCGGUCCCAUAGCGAUUCCGAUCUGCCCAUGUGGUUCGAGGCUAAACCGCCCUUAUGGCCACACCCCCUCACCCUCAGUACACCCAAAGGGUCGCUGGAGUCGGAUGCGUCAUCGCCUCAAGACUCGCCACUGGAUCUGUCGAUGAAGACAUCCAAGUCCCAGGAGUGCAUAGCGCCGCCCCCAUUUCAGCUGCUGCCGCCAGGGUUGUUUCCACCUAGGGGUCCAGUUUCGGUACCUGUGAUCAAAGGGGACGUAGCCUCCCCAACGACGAAGGAAUCCGUAGCCUCCCGUUACAACCUGGAGGUCAGUCCUGUCGUGGAGGAAAUGCCUCCAGGUUCGGACGUGGCCUACGUUUGUCCCGUGUGCGGCCAGAUGUUCAGCCUUCACGACCGAUUGGCCAAGCACAUGGCCAGUAGGCACAAACGGAAGGAAAACGGCGGGGGAAGCGGUGAGGCGACCAAGGCAUAUCUGUGUGAGGUCUGCAAGAGGUCGUUUGCGAGGAGCGACAUGCUCACCAGACACAUGAGGCUGCACACAGGUGUCAAGCCGUAUACGUGCAGAGUGUGCGGACAGGUGUUUUCUAGGAUCAGACCACUUGUCAACUCAUCAGCGCACCCACACGGGUGAGAAGCCCUACAAGUGCCCUCAGUGUCCCUACGCGGCAUGCCGCAGGGACAUGAUCACCAGGCACAUGCGCACGCACACCCGGUUCGAUCCCGAACCGCUAGGCGGAGCCACCACAUCGUCUUCGGCGACCUCCUCUCAUGCACAUAUCAAGACUGAGCAUCCGUUGUAGGCUACGUUGGUUCGUACGUACUUGUCUCAUUAUUAUAUAAAAAUGUCCUUUCUUUGUUAGGGUAGGUUUACGCGGGCAGCUCAACUCGUAACUCGUGUAGACGUAGCCUUAUUUUGUGUCAAUUGCUUCGUGGCAGUGUGUAUUAAUGGCGUUGUACCCUCCAUUCAUACCUUAAUUCGGUUCAACAGCUGUUUGCAUAAGGACUUUUAACUUUCAGUAUUAAAAUUUGGUAUUUUCCAUCUGCUACAAAAUUCAGAUAUUUCUGUUAAACUCAUUACUUCUAUAUAUUUUAUCUAUAUUUUCCAGUUAUAUUUGUCACCUAUUAAUUUUUUUCUGGAGCCCUUCAAAAAAUUGGUCCAGAAUGCUUACGAAGCCAUGACUAGAUACAAAUUAAAAAUUAACUGCUUGACAGACGUCUUUAGAAAUCCUUAUUUUUAGCCAUGUAAACAGGGUGCAGAUAAUAUAAUUAUAUAUAUAUAUAUAUAUAUAAAGAAAAAAUGAUCAUGCGGCGAAAGGUAUAUAGCCCAUUAUUUACUUAUAUAUAUACGUAUAUAUGGGCUGGCAUAUAAUGUGAGGACCGCCUGUAUACCACACAAAGUGGGGACCAUCAGAAGGAAUGCAGGUACAGAUGUGGUUUUAGGCAUGAUCUGGAAGCACACCAUUAUUAUAUCUAAAAGUGGCGAGUAUACGAGGAAAAAACUAUUUUAAAUUUAUAACUUGUAUAUAGUACAAAGUGAGGACCGACCGAGCUCCUAACAUAACGAGGUCCGUAUAUUGAAACACUUACAAUAAACAAAGUGAGGACCUUUCAGGAUAUAUUCUCACUUAGCGCAUACUGAGUGAGGACCGUACAAGGUUGCCUAUGUUAACUAGUUUUUCUCAAAGUUCGCUUUGUUUGGUACGUAGCUGUGAUCCGUCAGUAGAGAGAGAGAGAGGUACUCGUAGUUGUUGACUGUUUCAGAAGCUUCAAUAUUUACCACAUACAUUUCGUAUAUGGACCUCACUUUGUGUGUAAAUUUUACGUGAGGGGUCUUCACAUUGUUUGGUGGGCGAAAAAAGAAAUAUAUAUAUAUAUAUAUAUAUAUAUAUAUAUAUAUAUAAUUAUGAUAUAUCAUUACAUGCAAACAGCUCUCCGAAUUAUUGGUUCAUAGUAGUUGGACAUGAUACGUUCAAUGCAGAACGUGUAUUUCACCAUCUCCUAGUGCGAGUUUAUUAGACAGGGGUAGCAGUUCUGUGGCUUCGAAUCAUUUUUAUGUCCAGCUACGCUUGAUGUUAUAGAUGUUUAAAAUCUACUUCCGAUAUUUUUCCGUGCAUAACUUGUGAUCCACCAAAAAUACUUAAUUGGGGCCAAAUUUUUACAAGAAGUAAAAUCUUAUCAAUUAAAUUUUAGACUAAUGGAAAAAGUUAUCGAAUCUAGUCGCUAGUAUAUUCCCAGAAGUAUUCUUGGUCACAGCUGCCGUAUUGUGCAAGAAUUUUGGGCGGACACUAUUUUGCACCAAUAAAUAUGAUUUUCCUUUAGUUUCGAAAACUGAUUACAGAUUAAUGUUUACGUAUUUAAUUAGUUUCUCAUUCUUAUCUAUUUUGUUAGCACGACUAAACAUUUCUUCUUGCAUUCUUGAUAGCCAAGUGUAACAACUCGAUUAUAAAGCCAUCUAGAGACUUGUUAAUUAGUACAACAGCGAACAGAAUUUUUCAUAUUCUUCCUGUACAAUCAUACCAGCAAAGCUUAUAAGCUUGGGUCUAUAUUUUACCAAUUUUAACUGAUACGAAUAAUGCAUAUUUUGUUUGCAUUUGCGUGAGUUAUAAACAAACGCUAACCUACAAGGUCGUAAUUCAGCUAAUAAUUCUUGCACAUUCUUGCCAUGUUUUGCCUCUAGUGAAGAUCUCAGUCCAUUCCAUGCGCAUAUUGCCAGGCCAGUUUCGUCUCUACAACUCUUCGACUAACGGUUUAUCUAACGAAGUAGAAAAUAUUUAUAGGGCGAUCCAAAAAUACGUGAGUUAGGAUUAACCCUAGAAAAGCUACAAUGUGACUGUCCAUCAAAGUCAAUGUCAACGAUACGAAAAAGAAAUUGCAGUCAGGAAACUGUUGAUGAUAAUAUAAUAUUUAUAAAUAAAAAGAUAAAAUAAAAAUUAAAAAGUAGUGAAUCUUUUCGUAUAUAGACAAUAACUAGAUUUCCACGCACUUCUAUAAUGAUUCCGUGUGUCUUCUAUCUUUAAUUCUCCUUAUUCAUUUGCUAGCCAAAAAUAGACGAAACGCUAUUGUCUUAACGACUGCCUCACUCCUAUUUGGUUAGUUUGCAUGUACAGAGUGGGUUUUUAAUGUGGGUUCGAUCGUUCAUUACGCAUUAUAUCUAAAUAAAAAAAUAAUUACAAAAAUUGUAGCCAGCAGUAUGCCUCUUACUUAGCAGAUAUUUUCAUCUCUAUAGGAUGAUUCAUAACUACGUGGUAACCCAAAUUUAGUUUUCUCUAAUAUAAAGUCCUACAUUUUAUUACAGAUUUGGACAGUUCCUUUUAAACAAAGCGAUUUGAUUUAACUUACUAAAGGGUUUGAUUUUCAAAUUGUUGAGAUAUUGCAGUAAAGCCUAAAAGUCAAGAACGUGUCCCUAUGUUCCUAGUAACUCAAAAACUAGAGAUACAAACCUUAUAAAGAUUAUAUCAGAAAAAAAUCUUGUAGAAACGAUGAGAAAAUGAACAGGCUGUUUCAUUUGAAAAUUUUGAGAAAUACUCGCUUUUGCGUUACCUCCCUGUAUAAACCAUUCAAAUAACCGAACAAGCACGUAUAUAAUAGGAAAAGUUUGUAACAUACAAUUUUUCUGACGAAACCCUCAGUAUUCUAGUUAUGAAUAACCCUGUAUAGAUAAAAAUAUUUUCCAGAAUAUGACCAUACUGUCGAAUACAGUUUUUGAAUUUAGUUUGUUUAGAUAUCACGCGUAAUAGCGGGGCUAUCUACUGAGCCCACACACUAAAAGCUCACCCUGUAGGUACAGUGAUCAGAUUUUGAAACUAUUCCAACCACCAUUAUACAUAAAUGUUUUGCUAGAUGUACUGCGACAACUUUUUGUAGAAAUUUGUAUUGUUUGGACCGCCCUUUGCAGCUAAAAAGACAAAAAAUCGAACCGUGCCAAAUGAUCAGUGGCAAUCACUUGUUUUCGUUACACCCGUGUCGUUUCGUUUGUGUUUCUUUUUUUUGUAAAGAUGAUCGAUUCGUCAAAGUUUUGUUCUAAUAUCAAAUUUCAUAAUUAAUUUUUAUAUUUUGAGAAUAUCCGCGAUCUAAUUUGGGAUCUAGUAAAUUCAACUCUCGCCAAGCAGCACUUUUAGGGAUAAAUAAAUAAUAUGGAGAUACGAAUUUAUAAUGAAGACGUGUACAUAUCAAAGACCCGAAGAAAACAACAAAAAUUGACGUUUCGAUUAUAUUAUGUUAUGUAGAUACUAAGAUCACCCGAUUAACAUUUUAUAUAUAGUUAGUAAUAUGAAUACAUGACGGCAGUAGUAUAAAUAAAGACAUGAAUAUUGGACAUUAACAUGAUGGAUUUACAUUGAGAUGUUUGACCGCGGGCAACGUAAAUCGUAAAAUUAAAAAAGUUGACUGAAGAAUAAUGACAAGUGAAUGAUACUUCGAAAAGUGUUUGCAUGUAUAGUCAAUCAAAACAUAUUAGUACACGUGUUUUUAUUAAUCAUUGCUACCUCACUUUGCAAGUGUUUGUCAUCCAAAUUUUCCCAUUCUAGCCAGAUGCCAAAAUAGAAGAUACGACUAUGGUGAUUGUCACUGUGUUCUGUGUUCUGUUUUAGAUCUGGUCGCCAGAUGGGCAGUGGCAUAUUAAUACUACUACCCCUAUUGUUUUUUAGUAUUCGACUAGUGAGUUGUUUAAUACAAGAGGUGCCAGGAGUAUUUCAGUACAAAAUAUAAUAGAAAGAUACACCUACGUACUCAUUUUGAAUCUCCAUCAGACAUCUCAAGUAGUAAAUGCAUACAUAGAACGAUAUACGAAUACUGUGAUAUUUGUACAUUUCGUUACUUUUAUUUUUUUGUGAGAGUAGGUUUGUAAAUUUAUUUUCUCUAUUUUUGAUAUUAAAUUUUAAAUAUAUGACGUUUAAAGGUGUUAUGAAUUUGUCUUUAUCUGUGUUUCGUGACGAAUUCUACGUUUCUUUGGGCAUUAGAAAUUAAAGAUAAACGAUAUUUUUGUAUAUUGAAGUCGAUAAACAAAUUCGUUUUAAAAUGAUACGGUUUGAUGCAGGAAGACAUCGAAAAUAUAUUUUCUGAAAUGUUACCGUGGUAAAACUUCCCGCUAGAAUAAUAAUUAUAGAUCACGCAUGUAAACAUACCUAUAGUUUAAUGUCAAACCAUGUGAAUGGAUGGAACUACUUUUAUGAUCCUUCUUAUGACAGAAAAUAAACAUCUUUCUCUUUGGCCCGGGUUUCAUUCGCAAGUUAGCUAUGAUUUGCUCAAUCUAACCUUUAAUUAACUAAUUACCCCUUAAAGUUUUUCAAGUUCCAGUUAGUUAACCCACAGUUAUUGACGUUGACGUGACAACUCAUCAAGUAAAAUGCGUGAAGCAUUACUGUUUAACUACAACUACUAAUUAACAUUGUCCUUGAUAGUUCAUGGUUAACUCUCGUUGAAAGGAUGGAACUCUCUCCGGUUUGACAAUCGUAGCGAUACAUUCGAGUUGAGUGAGUCUGGAGGUUAACUAUCAGUUGCUCAUAAAUAAUUCUUGAGUUCUGGUUAAGUACACUAUAGCUGUUGAACGCCUUUUGGGUUUGGGAGUUAGUCGCUAGUCAGCGAUAGUCAUAACUGACCAGAGAAAACGACAUGCUGUAAAACGUUUUUUGGUAGUUUACUUUCAAGCAAAGUCAAGAUCAUAGUUAAUCUGCGAUUGAAAAACGAGACCUUCGACCGAUAUUUGUAAUUUCAAUUCAUAUGCCUGAUUUAGCAUUCAUGUAAUUCUGUGUUACAUAGUUUUAGCCAGAGCUGAUAUAAAUUUGUUAUAACAAAUAGAGAUUGUUGAUGACAUGUACAAAACCUUCGUUGUCUUUCAGCGCAUUGGUUGGGCACAAUUUUUUGUACUAUAAAGUAUAUAUACAUUAAAUGUUUUUCUUGUUGUGCCACAAAAAUUGUUACCUGUUGAAAAAAUAUGUAAAAAAAUGUUAAAGACGUUGUGCCACAAUUUUGUUGUAAAUGUAAUGUUAAAUGUACGUCUAGCUGUAAGUCUUAAUUUAUUUAAGUGUUCAUAUUGUUAAUAAAACUGCUGAAGCGUAGUUUAAAAACCAGUCUGAUCUUAAUUUAUGUAUAUUUAUUACCCUUCUUUUUGAUUUUUCGUUUUCUCUCUAUCCAAGUGAUGUAAUUAUGUUGAUGCCUGUACAAAAGUGCUACUUAAUUUGUUAC